AAGUGAUUUUGUGUUAGUGGUAACUCAACAUGGCGCAUGGCCCAGACUGGGUCUCUCAGUCUUGGUGUUUCUUAUGGAUAUUUACGCUUCUUUUGAGUGAAUCUCAAACUAAAAAGACUCAGACAUUUUAUAUGGAUGGUGUGGAGUGUGAUGAUACAAAACAUAUAGGGGGCGCCACUGUGUAUUCACACAAUGUGGAGAAAGCAAUGUAUUACGGCGAAGACCUUUCAUGCAGUAUAACUUUCCGGCCAGAAAACAGUGGCUGGAAGCUAAUGUUACGCAUUAUAGAAUUGGAUAUACCUGACCGUCUGCCCAGUGGAGUUUGUAACGACGCUUUAUAUAUUUAUGAUACAGACUCCAUUUAUGCCGCAGCCAUGGAAGAGGCUGGUGGUAACAUGGGAUUGUGUGGAAAUGUGAUACCGCCCACACUAUAUUCCUCUGGGUCAGUUAUGACGGUUCAUUUUAGGUCAGAUGUCGAUAGCCACAAAAUCGUAAAAGGGAGGGGUUUUAAGUUUAUAAUAACAGCAUAUAGUGAUGAUUUCAAAGAGCAUGCGACGUGUGGCUCACGGUUCAAAUGUACAAAUGAAUGGUGUGUCGAUGAAGACCUGACGUGUGACAGUGUUGACCAUUGUGGUGACUACUCAGAUGAGUCUACAGAGGGCACACUGAAAUGUGGGGUCAAAGAUGAAAGCUUUAUAAACCAAUUUAUGGCGCUGGGAGUGACCGCCUCAGUGACCAUCACAGUGGGCAGUCUGCUGGUGGUCAUCGUGUGUAUCGUGUCCAUUGUCUGCUGCUGUCGACGCAUCCUUUGUAAACCAGCACAGGACACAUCGUCAACGCCAAGCGCCGUCACGACAACGCCAACAUCGGUCGUUACAAAUGGUGCUCCUCCUGCACUUCAUUACAACAACUUAAACAAUCUACAAGGUAAAAUAAAUAAUGGUCGCCAGGUUCCAUUUUCAGGCCACAUGCACCAAGGAUACUAUCCAAUGCAGCCAGUGUUCCAGUCGCCAAACCACAGCGCCAUCUAUUCUGCGUAUCGUGAAGGAUUCACAAACUCUGCCAACAGCGCAUACUCCUCACAUUCGCAGUCACAGCCUCCAUCUUAUCAUCGCUCAUGCACGCCGACGAGCUCUCGGUCGGGAAAGUCCAAUCGUUCAAAUAAUAGUACAAGUGUCACUUACAGUCAAGGCACAGACAAGGUUUCACUUCCAGUUAACUUAUAGCACAAACCAUUGCCAGAGAUCUCACUUGGUCAAUGGUUUUCAUUUUCGGCAAGUUGAGAUGUCAUCCCAAGUAGGCAAAAAUUUCAUGGAAAUUUAGUUCCAGUUGAUUUAUCAUUUGAAGUUGUCUCCCUUGGAAAUUAGUUUAUUAGGAGUUUCUUCCCUUUGUGAAUGAUCCAGGAGUGAUGCACCUUGUUUUGUCCAGAAGUUUUAUUCAGAAUGAAAGUGCUGGUAUAUUCAAGGAAGACUGAUCCUGGAUUUGGGCAAAAAUAUCCUCGUCUUAAAUUCCAUCAAGAGUGAUUUCCCUUUGGAAUGUUACAGAAUAUCUUGUUUGAAUGUGUAUCCAAAUACUGGAGCCGAAUUUCUGUCGGAAGUGAUUGUGCAUGGAAUAAAUUCACUUUUAAAACUGGAUUUCUAAGAUUUUUCUAAACAAGAUCUAUCUGGCUGGAACCCAAAAGACUAAUUAUUUUAUGAAGUAUAGAAUGAAAUUUCUUUUCAGUGUGAAUUUCAAAGGGAGUUUCAUAUGAGUUACCUCCCCUUUAAUUUCUUUUUUCAUUCAAGAAUGAUCUCCCUUGAAUGAAUCUUCUGUCGCCCCCUUAUCAUCCAUUGUUAGAUUGAUCUUUUUCAGCAAAGCUGGUAAUAUUCUUUUCAUAAUCUAUUAUAUUUAUCCACAUUUACACCUUUAUACAUAUGUAGCAGUAUUCAACAAAGUUCAGUAAAGAUAGAAUAGUGUUGAAGAAUAUUGCAAUUUGCACUGCCAAAUGAAGAUAAUUGUUUCGACCAUUCAUCCCUCUAAAGUGGAAAUAGACUGUGCUUCAUCAAUGUGAAGAAUCAAAGAUAAAGAAAUACUAUAAAACCACAUCAGAAUACUACGCCCAGUUUACAGAGAUUAUCAUCGGAUAUCUGGGUUUUGAGGUUAUUUUUUUGCAUUUUUGCAUAUUAUAUCAAGAUUUGAAAAUGAUGCUUAUAAGUUUGUGUAGCAACCUAGAUUGAUUAUUUUCUGACUACAUGUAUGUGUAUAAUUUUGAUAGAUACAGGUACGGUUCUUUUCUGAAUUCGAAACCAGGGGUGCACAAGGUCAUAUUUUACCCGAAGCCUUCUUGUUACAUUAGCAUGUUUCCAAAAACACAAUUACAACUGUAUGUUUGACAAUACUUGACUAGAACAAUUUUUGAAAUCUUAACAGAAUUCAUGUUAUGAUUGCUCAACAAUAGCAUAUGUCAUAUUUAAAGUUUGUAUGAAACAGAAUUUCUUAUUUAUGUCUUCUAUUUAUUUUAACAAUGUAAUUCACCCCAUCUGCAGAUGUUUUAAAAGGUGUCCUUACAUACCUGGUAACUUUUCAAAUUCAGGUAUAAGACAAGGUUCAGUUUGAAAUUCUAGGUUUUUUUGUACUUGUCACCAAUAAGGUUAGUGUAUAGGGUAUAAGACAAAGCCCCACCCUGAGGCCUUAGUCUUUUUUUAAUUAAUUAUCAGUGAUAAAUGAUGAUAGAUAUACUUUAAGUCUAUAUAUGAGGUAUAGAUAUUUAUGUAUCAAUUUUAUAGGAAGAUGUUGUUACCAAUUUUGUUAUCAAAUAGUUUUAAAUCCAAUUUAUUUCCAUUUUAAAAUGUCUGCAUGUUAAAUUUUUGAUAUUGUACAUGAGCAAUUUUCUUGUGUACAUUUUUGUCUAAUGUACUUCAGAAUUUGUUUAUAAAACUGAACCCAAAAUUCACAAAAUUAUAAAGAAAUAUUUAAAGAAAUAUUGGUAAAAUGAAAUGCAUCAAUCGACACAUUUAUUGGAUCAUUUAAUUACAUUUAUAAUAUUUUGAAUGAUUUCUUUCACUGUAUUGAUAAAUAGGUGAAUAAUUUAACAGCCUAGUUUGAAAGGGGUUUUACCAUGAUCAGAUGACAAGCUGUUUAUAUCACUUUUUCUAGACGGUUGGUCAUCCAUCCUUAGGCAGUUUUGACACAUCUUCUCAAAUUCCGUAUGUAGGUUCAUAAAUGCAUUAUAAUUUUUACAUUCAGAUGUUUUGAAAAUGUUGGGAGUAAUUAUAUUGAAUUUUUCUUAACCAGUUCACCCCUGAAUUCAUUUUUGAAUCUUACCAAAUCAAAGACCAGGCAAGUCCAGUUUAAAAAUGUAGGGGAGAAUGAGUUAAGCUAAUGUUUUAAGGCUGUGUUUAACUGCCCCAGACAUCAAUUAUUAUUCUAGAAAAACUGCACCUGGUUUUGAAGAUUCUUUACAACAUGUUAAAUAUAAAUUUAUAAAAGUAUCGUACUUAUAUUUCAAUUGUAAUAAGUAUACAAUAUUAGUAGUCAGUAACGGAGUACCCUACAUGUACUUAUUUUAAAUAAAAUUGUCUCCAAAGUUUACAGAAAGGGGACCCUAUAAUAGAAAUUGUUAAUCCCAAAUAUUUUAAUGGCAAUGUAUGAAACAUAGAAGGGAAGCAAAGAUACAUGGAUUCAUUUUCUGAUGAUAAACAAAGUGAAAAAACUGUCCUAAUACUGUGUUUGAACAUGUAAUUGAAAUGUUUAUGAUGUAAAUGAUGGAAAAGUCUGAUGAAAUAUACAUGUAUCCUGCUUGAAGGGGAUUGUAUUUUCAAUGUUCUUUGGUGUAGGAUAGGGAAGAUUUAGGAAUUUGUUCCCCUGAGUUUCAAGCCAUAUAUACAAGCUGAUUUAUGUUAAUUUAAAUUUCAAGAUAUGUACCAUUUCAAAUUUACAUUUGGGCUGUUUGAACAAGAAAAAAUGAUAACAUGGAAUGAUAAACUUGCCAUUCAUACUUACCAGAACAUAUUUGCUAUGAGUUUAGCACAUUUUAAUGUAAGAUAUUGGGUGCCAGAAGCUUGGUUUUCAUUUUUGCCCGAGGCUUGGUUGUCAUGUUUGUUUAAUGAUGGGUUACGCAUGUUGAGAUUAAAGUUGCCCUGCAUGUUAUAUGUUCAAUCAUCAAUUGUCUUUAAUUGAUUUUGUGAGAAAUAUUUCAUAUAAAAAUUGUCAUCCAUAUUGUUUUCUUUAU